AUGGCACCCAACAAUAAGAAGAAGAAGCCCAAGGCUGCCAGUGCCAAGCCGCCUGCACGAGGCAGCGAAGUAGAUGUGCAGAUGCAAAAAGUGUUGGAGCUCUUGUCGGACCGAACGAGGGGCAAUGCGACCAACGAAGAAAUUGAAACGGCCGUCUCCAAUAUUCUCUCCGCGGCAGGAUUGGAUAGUUCACAAUCACAACAAUCACAAACAAAUCCAGCACCGCCGAAACGAGCGCCGCUGAAAAAGAUAGAGCCAAAAAUUGAAUUGGACAUGGAAGAUUACGACGAAGAUGAGGAUGAGGAUGAGGGUGACACUAGUAAGAAACAGUCCAAUGAAACAAAAAAUUCUACUGCUGCUGCAGCUGUGCCCCAAAAGGCGACUAGCCCCUCACAAGAUGACACCAAAGAGGAGGAGGAAGCACCCAAAAAACGCAAAAGAGGGCGACCCCGAAAGGAAGUCAAUCAAUCCGUCAAGGAACGAAAGUUGGAACGAGCGAAACGGGAUGAACUCUACGAACACAUUCCACUCGGCAAGCAAGGUGCUAGUAUGAUGACGGCAUUUGGCGAUGGUCCCGAUCCAAAACCACAAGCUGUUUUGGUCGCAUUGUUGGGAGCACGGCGAUUGCUACAAGUCACAAUUCAAGAUGCCAGAGCACUCCGUCGAAAAGCCACACAACAAUUUCAAAAAGCACAAAUCGAUGUGGCCAAACACUCCAAAGCCAAUAAUAAGGACACUGACAACAACAAUUCAAAACACGACAAUAAUAAUCCGCGACGGCCCAUUCCCGCCGCUCUCCCGGAUGCACACAUGUUGUAUCGAGCGUUUGAAGGAUAUGACAAAUUGUCCUAUGCGCCAAAAUGCGGAUUCGAUUUUGAGCAGUUGUCGGCCAUGUAUCCAGAAGAAAUGAGAGCGUAUACACGAUGGAAUCAGCUGCGUGAUGAAUAUGCCAGCAAAUCUGAUGACAAGGACAUUGCCGAAAAGGCCGAAAAAAACGGAGACGAAACCGAUCUAGUAGACACUACUACUGCCGAGUCUGCCACUUCCAAUAGCAAUAACAAUAACAACAACAAGAGUGAUGAGACGGGAGGGCAUCUCUUGGAACGAGCGGUCCAAUUCGAUGUUCGAACCAGCCUCAUGGACAAGGGAUGGUACAUGAAGUUCUCGGAACACAGAAAGGGAUCCUUCCUGCCAAGACGUUUGAAGGAAGAAGGGGACAAGGAUUGGGAGGCACAACGAAAGGCUACCAAGGGUAAAAAAGAAAACGGAGUAUGGUCCAACAUGUCCGCAAACUCGGCCAGGUUUCUCCAUUGGGUAGGAUUUGACCCGAAUAAGGGCCUCCCACCUCCCAAUGAUGAAACCACAAAUGCAUUGGCGUUCCUUGGUUACGACUUUUUUGGUCGUAUUGUGGAAAAGGCCAUUUUUCUGAAAAACUUGUCCAAAGCCCGGUUGAGCAACGAGGAAGUAGAUGAAAGGACUAUCCUCAUGGAGCUUGCCGAUGGUGAGCAACUGGAAAAGUCUGACAUUGAUAAAGCAAUGCACGACAUCAAUCCCGUUUCCUUGUACUCAACGGCAACCAGUGGAGAGGGAAAGCCGUUUGCCCAGUUAUACUUUGGGCCAUCGUUCGAAUAUCGACUGGAACUGGAACUAGAGGAAUUGAUGUGCGGAGGUGCUGAGAGGAGUGACAUUUCUCCAGAAGAAGCCAAGAUUAGACGUGAAGAGGACAAGCUGUUUGGUACCAUUUCUGCACCUCCAUCAACAAGCAAGGUCAUGGACCUCUUGGACAAGAAAGGGGACGAAGGUGACCAGACAUUGGCCUGA